CAUUCACUCACAGAGUAAACCGCGCAAGAUCACAACGUAGACGAUAUUCCUAAAAUAUUUUAUUGUGUAAUAAUAUUUAAUUCGAUUGCGACAUUACGAGUCUUGGUCUCUUGGCUAAAACUAACAGUUUGCAAGUGUUGUGUGGACGUAACAUUUAAAUAGAGGAUUAAGAAAUCACCCGAAGGUUAAAUUUCAUCACACGAUGGACGCCACAAUGGAAAACAAAAUGGGUCUUCCACCACCUUACGAACAAACGCGACCGAACCCUGCCCCACCGCCAUCGUACUUCGGUGACAAUCCUCCUCCACCACCCGGAUUAGUGGUCCCCCCAACCACGGGGCCACGGACUACAGUGAUCACGACACCGGGUGCCGCACCGGGAUCCCGUCCAGCCAAAAUGGGCCCCGGGCCGUCCGGCACGACUUGCCCCACUUGCAACAAAUCUAUCGUGACCACCGUUGAAUACGUCCCAAACAACCGCACACACAUCAUAUCAGCCGCGCUGUGUGUUCUAGCCGGAUGUUGUUGCGGCUGCUUCGUGCCUUACUGCAUGCGAUCUUGUAAGACUGCCAACCACUAUUGUCCUCAAUGCAAAGCCUUCAUCGGAUCCUUCACACCGUCUUGAUCUUACACACCUUCUUCAAUCAAGAACUAUAUUAAAUCUUUUAUAUUAAACUAUUAUAGAAUAAGAUAUACCUACGUAUGCUAACUAGAAAAAUAAAACAUCUACUCACGAAGGCGCUGUAGUCGCUUAUAGCAACAGAGGGCCUAUUGCGAGUUGUUUUACGUCAACGCGAUCGACAAAUUCAUGACGUUCGGCGCUCUGAUUGGCCAGCUUCAAUAAACCAACCAA